GUGGUUACCUCGUACCUUCUUUUGGACGUGUCACGCUUUUCAUCCAUAAAAUUACCAAAUUUUCAGUUUUGUGUUUGCUGAGAUCGGAUUCCCGUUUAUUUGAGAGAAAAUGCCCGCCGCAGCUGAGCCAAAAUUGAGACCGCAAGCCGAUGACAAAGAAGUCGGUAUUAAUGCCAUUUUGUUGGGUCCUCCAGGCAGCGGCAAAGGCACACAAGCCCCUUUGCUGAAGGAGAAAUAUUGCGUGUGUCACUUGAGCACGGGAGACAUGUUACGCGAAGAAAUCUCCAAAGGAUCCAAACUCGGCGCACAACUGAAAAAAAUUAUGGAUGAGGGAAAGUUGGUGUCGGAUGACUUGGUUGUCGACAUGAUUGACAGCAAUUUGGACAAGCCAGAGUGCAAAAACGGCUUUUUACUCGAUGGAUUCCCGCGAACUAUCGUGCAAGCCGAAAAAUUAGACAAUUUGUUGGAAAAGCGCAAAACCCCCUUGGAUGCUGUGGUUGAAUUCAGCAUUGACGAUAGUUUGCUUGUGCGACGAAUUACCGGAAGAUUGAUUCAUCAGCCCAGCGGAAGAUCGUAUCACGAGGAAUUCCAUCCGCCAAAGGUUGCGAUGAAAGAUGAUGUCACGGGAGAGCCUUUGAUUCGUCGCAGCGACGAUAAUGCCGAAGCCCUGAAGAAACGCCUCGAGUCGUAUCACAAACAGACGAAACCCCUUGCCGAUUAUUACGCGUUGCGCGGUUUGCAUUUCAAAGUUGACGCUGCCAAAAGUGCGAGCGAGGUCUUUGCCAACAUCAACAGCAUCUUCACGAGACAGAAAAAGGCACACGGAUCAAUUCUAUAAACUAAAAAAAAAAACUAAAAAAUCGAAACCUCACAAAAGCAACUUACCUGAUUUACACCAAAAGUCAACAUUUUCUCUCUCUUUUUUUUAGUUAAAAAAUUUUGGCGUGCAUUUAAUUUCAUUUUACGUUUUUUCUUCAAUUUACAUCCAAACGAGAUGUACAUAAAAAAAUCUUAUCAGAGCAAUAUUUAUCACGACGAUGACAG